CCUCGAAUUCUAGAAGACCUUAUCCGGUUUUUGCAUAACAAACGAUGUCCGUAACUUCCAAGGUCUUCCUACUGGGAGCUUGCAUUGGUACCGGCGGAAUAAUUGGAUACGUUCAUUACAAGCAGACCUCCGACAGAGCCAAGUUACACGAGGGAGUGAUACGGGACAUCCAGCGUCAGCAGCAACGGAAGAUCGAAAACACCUACAACCUUCAGCAGCAGAUUGAGCUGACCAAACAGCUAAAGCAAGAACUGCAUCAACGAGAGACAGAAGCGAAUGCGAUGGAACACAAAACGUAAUCGUGAGCUUGCCUAGGAUAUUAGAACGUUAGCCUUAUU